AUGAGCCAUCCUUACCAGGACGUCCAAGAGAUCCAGCGCCAGAUGCAUCAGAAGCAGCAAGAACUGGCUAACCUCCACAACCUCCACAACUUUAUGCUCCAGCAGAAUGUAUCCGCACCACCCGCCCAGAGCAAUCCCGUGAACCUGCUCCCUACCCAAGGCGACUUCCAACUACAACUAGAUGCAACCUUUGUCCAACAACAACAUCAUUAUCAUCAACAACAACUACAGUCAAAUGCUGUCCCUCUGGGCCGCCGGGCCACGAUCCCGAGGAGCAAGUCCAACAUGGGCUACUCCGCCGCACCGCCGAGGAUGAUGGAACGCACCAGCGACGACUCGCCCCAGCCUGUCAAGCGCGCGAGGGUCAUGUCACAGCAGCACCCCCGCGCCGCGCCCAUGACAGGCAUGUCAAGAAGCGCGUCCAACAGAUCGGACAAGUCGAUUCCCUUUGUCGUCAAGGGUCCUCUGCAGCCCCUCCAGACAUCUUCAAAUCACCCCAACACGAUGAUGGAUCGCUUCUACCAAGGCCAAGACGACCCUCAUGUGCUGUUUGAGUCCUCCCUGCAGAGAGCGCCGUCAAAUCGUCGCCAUUCCGGGCUCUCGCCCGUCGAGGAACACACGGCCUUCCCGGACCCCGGCGUCGGCAUGAACAUCGCCGACUACCUGGCCGCGCAUGACGAGAUACCCUCCCCCGCCAUGAUCCCGCCGCCGCAGCAGAACUUCCUCAACCCCUACGACGGCCGCAACUCGCAGGCCAGCCUCAUCACUUCGGCUUGCCCGUCGAUGAGCUCCGGUAUCUCCGCCGCCGAGACCAUGCCCUUGACGAGGGAAAACAGUUCCUUCGACAACCGCUUCGACAACCAGUCCCUCAACGGCGCGUUCGAAAUGGCGAGAAUCAACUCGGCACAGUCGCAAGUCGCCGACUACAUGCCUUCGGACAUGUACGCCGUCCCGGCUACUGGCACUUCCCCCAACGUCAAGCCCGAGAGCUACCUUGCCUACGUCGGCGCCGGCGCCAGCCUUUCCCCGCAGUACGCGCAGCAGUCGCCCAUGGAAGAACAAUUCCUCUCGCAGGGCUCCUCAAUGAUGGAGCGCUCCAUCUCUGCCAACAGCACUGCCUCGACAAAGUCGACUACCGAGCGUCGCGCAAAGGAGGCCCGCCUGCAGCAGAUCCAAAAUGCGCACCGGACCAAAAUCUGCCCCAAGCCUCUGGAGGCCGCCAAGCCAUCCCAGUCUGCAGCAGCUGCUGCUGCGAAGAAGGAGGGCAAGGUUGCCGUGUCCAAGGGCUCCUACACUCGCCCCAAGCACCCCAAGGUGUUCUGCGAUAUGUGCAACGAGCAUCCCGACGGUUUCCGUGGCGACCACGAGCUGCGAAGACACAUCAACGCAAAGCACGAGGGCGUCGUAAAGAAGUUUGUGUGCCGCGACCCUUCGACAGUGGGCAUUCAACCCGGUGUCCAGGCCAUCAACCCGCUCUCCAAAUGCAAGCAGUGCGUCGCUCGCAAGCAGUACGGCGCCUACUACAAUGCUGCAGCCCACCUCCGCCGCACCCACUUCAAGCCCAAGACCCCCCGUGGCAAGAACAAGAGGGGCGACGACGAGGAGAAGCGCGGCGGCAAGGGCGGCGGCGACUGGCCCCCCAUGAACGAGCUCAAGCAGUGGAUGGAGGAGGUGUUUGUCACGGCCGACGACGAGGCUGCCGAGGCCGAUGCCGAGGCCGAGGCCCAGGAGGAGGACGAGGGAGAGGCCGUCCAGUUUGACCCGUCGGCGUCCAUGGACCUCUCCCUGGGCCACAUGGGCGAAAACAUGACUUACGACAUGGGUUUCACGACGUCUUACCACAUGCCCGAGCUGGCGGCCAUCGAUACGUCUCAGGCGUCGUUCCUGGCCGUGACCAACAUGCCGCUCUCGUCGGCGUCGGAAGCAUUCGCCUUCUCGCCUUUUACGUCCAACUCGCCAAUGAACGGCCUGUCGUCGCACGAGCCGGCCUUCUCCAUCUCAUCGUCAAACACGGUGACACCCACCACCUUCCAGGACCCGCUCGCCGAGGGGCUCGAUGGUUACGCCCUCUACUGA